CCAGCCUGCGGGGACGCCGGGCAGCGGCGGCCGCCGAGCGAGCGCUCCUCGGGCGGUCUCUCGGUCGCUCGGCCGCGGCGCCGGGGGAGGACGGGGCUGCCCGUCGCGAGCUCUGAGACCCUCGGAUUGGGUCUCCUGCCGUUCCAGUGUGUGUCCUGUGGUCUGCAGUCUGCCGUUGGUGUUUCAGAAGUGCAUUGCCACUACCUUGCGAUCUUAAUUUCUAGUCCACAUGCUACAAAAGACAGGUUUAAAUGAAACACCAGAUGUUCGCAGCUUUCCAAGACCAUUGCUUUUAGGGAGGACGUCUUCAGGAGCCUGAGGUGAAGACUUGACUAUGCCAUCUGUGGCCAUUUAUACAGUGCGGCCUGGUGGACCAUAGGGUUGUGCUAGUGCAGCCAGGCCCAGGCACAAUGAGGCACGGCACCUGUCUGGAGAGGGGGCGACACUGAGGGAAAAUGGCGGAGAGGAGUGGGAAGAUCGCUGCCGGCCAAGCGUACAUUGAGGUGGAGUAUGACUAUGAGUACGAAGCGAAGGACAGGAAGGUUGUCAUCAGGCAAGGCGAGCGGUACGUGCUGGUGAAGAAGACCAAUGACGACUGGUGGCAGGUCCGGGCGGAUGAGAACUCCAAAGCCUUUUACGUGCCAGCGCAGUACGUCAGGGAGGUGGCUCGCAAAGCGCUGAUGCCGCCGGGGAAGCCGCCGGCGGGCCUGCCGGGUAGCUCCGGGAAGACGGUACCGAGCGUGCACCUGCAGAGACCGACGGAAAACGUCAACAAGAUGCCUGAGCUCUCAAGUUUCGGGAAGCCAGUGUCCUCUGCUCAAGGCACAGGUCUUAUUCGUGAUGCCAAUCAGAAUUUCGGACCCAGCUAUAACUCAGGCCAGACUGCUAACCUCAGCCUGGACCUGAGCCACAAUAACGGAAAGUUCAGUGACGCGCACUCUCCCAAAUCGGCCAGCCAGAACAGGACACGCCUGUUUGGGCACUUUCCUGGCCCGGAGUUCUUGGACGUGGAGAAGACCGGCUUCUCCCAGGAACAGGCCUGUGACUCCGCUGGAGAAGGCUCAGAAAGAACACACCAGGACUCGGAGUCCGGAGAUGAGCUCAGCAGCAGCUCUACCGAGCAGAUGCGGGCAACGACACCCCCUAGUCAGGGAAGGCCAGACUCUCCAGUGUAUGCUAACCUGCAGGAGCUGAAGAUGUCGCAGUCUGCUCUGCCUCCGCUUCCCGGGAGCCCAGCUGUUCAAGUCAACGGGGAAUGGGAAACUCACAAAGACAGCUCAGGCCGCUGCUACUACUACAACCGGGCAACCCAGGAGCGAACCUGGAAACCACCCCGAUGGGCUCGUGAUGCUGGCCCAGGCCGCGAGUUCCAGAGCUUAGGCGAUCAAGAGCCUCUUUCGUCAGAAGAGAACUACCACAGCGGUUGUUUGAGCCAGUCAGAUAGUCAGUGUGGUUCUCCUCCAAGGGGUUGGUCAGAAGAGCUGGAUGAACGUGGGCAUACCUUGUAUACCAGUGACUAUACUAAGGAGAAGUGGCUCAAGCACGUGGAUGACCAGGGCAGGCAGUACUACUACAGCGCAGACGGCUCCCGGUCAGAGUGGGAGCUGCCCAAGUACAAUGCUUCGUUCCAGCAGCAAAGGGAAAUCUUUAAAAGUCGGAGCUUGGACAGGCGGCUGCAAGAGCCGAUUGUGCUAACCAAGUGGAGACACAGCACCAUUGUGUUGGACACCAACGACAAGGAUUCUUCAACUACCACAAAACUCUGCUUACCUGAAAAUGAAUCUCCUACCUCAUCAAAGCAUCAAGAUCCAGGUCAGGAGAAAUAUGGAUUGCUAAAUGUAACAAAAAUUACUGAAAAUGGAAAAAAGGUUCGAAAGAACUGGUUGUCUUCUUGGGCGGUGUUGCAGGGUUCAUCUUUGCUUUUUACGAAAACUCAAGGAAGUAGUACAAGCUGGUUUGGAAGUAAUCAGUCCAAACCAGAAUUUACAGUGGACCUGAAGGGGGCAACGAUUGAGAUGGCAUCAAAGGACAAAUCCAGCAAGAAGAACGUGUUUGAGCUGAGAACUCGCCAGGGCACAGAACUGCUAAUUCAGUCUGAUAAUGAUGCUGUUAUUAAUGAUUGGUUUAAAGUUCUCAGUGGUACUAUCGAUAACCAGCAGGCUGCAGAGGCCGACGAAGCAGCUGAAGAGGAUGCGCCCGAGUUCACUGGCCUAGAGAAGCAGGACAAAGAGAAGGACCAGAAGGAGCUUAAGAAGCUACGCUCAAUGAAAGGAUCCAGCAUGGAUUCUUCGGAGCAGAAGAAAACUAAGAAAAACUUAAAGAAGUUUCUUACCCGACGCCCUACUUUGCAAGCUGUUCGUGAGAAAGGUUAUAUCAAAGAUCAGGUAUUUGGAUGCAAUCUUGCUAAUCUGUGUCAGAGAGAGAAUGGGACAGUGCCAAAAUUUGUGAAAUUAUGCAUUGAGCACGUCGAAGAACACGGCUUAGAUGUGGAUGGUAUCUACAGGGUGAGCGGUAACCUCGCCGUCAUCCAGAAGCUGAGGUUUGCGGUCAAUCAUGAUGAGAAACUGGACUUGAAUGACAGUAAGUGGGAAGACAUUCAUGUCAUCACUGGAGCACUCAAGAUGUUUUUUCGAGAAUUGCCAGAACCUCUUUUUACGUUUAAUCAUUUCAAUGAUUUUGUUAAUGCAAUUAAGCAAGAGCCGAGGCAGCGUGUCCCUGCUGUGAAGGACCUAAUCAGACAGUUGCCAAAGCCAAAUCAAGAUACAAUGCAGAUUCUGUUCAGACACCUCAGAAGGGUCAUAGAACAUGGAGAGAAGAACCGAAUGACCUACCAGAGUAUAGCCAUCGUCUUUGGCCCCACCCUGCUGAAGCCAGAGCGAGAGACGGGUAACAUAGCCGUUCACACGGUGUACCAGAACCAGAUCGUGGAGCUGAUUCUCCUGGAGCUGAGCACUGUCUUUGGACGCUGAUGCCCACAAAAGACAGCCUAUGGACCAGACAGUGAUGCCAAGACUUCAAGUCCUGUGCCUGGUGUGUUUCCUUGUGGACCAAGCAGUGGCUUUGACUUUGCACUUUGUGAGGGUCAGAGGAGAAGAGGAGAGUGAAGGUGCCAGCUGGCCCUCAUCUGCUGCUUUGCUCAAGCAGACAGCAAGCUGUGACUGUGUGAUUUUGGAUUCAUAUUAUCCUGGAUGCUUGUAUUUCAUACUCUGAGUAUCAUAAAAAUCAAAACUCAAAAUCCCCCCCAGUCAGACACACUGGAUAACUCGGUAAGGAACACUAUGUGGGUCCCCUGUGUCAUAGUCCUUGCUGCCCCCAACCUAGAUACUGUGGAGCCCUCCUCAUGGCCUGUAAGCUCUUCACGUGGUACAAUGGUAGUCACUGUCAGUUUUUUUAAAAUGCUCUUGGGUGUUUGGAACAAAUGAAGUUGAUCCAUUUGAGCCCUGUGCCCUGCUUUCUUGAGGGUUUUCCGUGAGUGGCAGUCUUAAGUGCUGGAGCUCAUCACCCAGGCAGAGUCCCUUGGGGAUGGUUUGCUGUCUGACUUUUCUGUCUCAUAGCACCCUUGCUGGACACCGUAGUUGCUUAUUGGGGCAGCAACUGACAGUACUUAAAACACUGUGAUAUACUGAGUUCUGUUUAGACUAAGUCAAAUCAGGGUAUUUGGUACCUGUUGGCUGUACCGAAGUGUAGCUAACAAUCCUUAUUCUAUUUAGUGCCAUAUUGAGUUCUUGGCAUGACCCUGUGGAAACAUUGCUGUAAAUAUGGGGUGAGGAGUUAAUAUAAUUAGUGUCUGUAUAUAGCUGCUGUCUAGGCUCAGAGUACAUCUAACCUCAUGUCUCUCAAGGCAUUGUUAGCCGCUUCCAUGAGCAUUAGGCCUCCUCCAGAAACAGGCCAUUACUGGAAAGUUAAACUGUGCACCUUUAGUUUGAACUACAUCACUUCAGUGAGAACGGUACUGGGAAACACUGAACGGCCUUGCCAGCCAGUCAGCACUACAGGAGGCGCCCUGUCCGUUAUUUAAUUCCCUCAGAGGAAGGUAGGAAACUCACUCCAGAAUUCUCACCCCACUGUGGAAACCUGUGUAAAUUAGAGGGUGUUGGCUAGAAAACGACCCUGCAGAAUUCGAGUAUUUUCUUUUUACAUUACUAAUGAAGAUUGAUUUGUAUAAUAAAGCAGAGUUUGGAAGGUUUUGUUACAGGGAGGCAUGGUCUGUUGAAGAUUUUUAAAUGUAUUUUUCUAGAUUAACUGCUGUAUAUGAAAUGUCUAAUCUAAUAAAGAAAACUAUAAGAUGCUUAGAGAUUUUUUUUCCCAUUGGAAAUGUGCAUUUUGGUUCUUAAUUUUGUUGUUUUGUUUUGUUUUUAUUUACUGGCAUAAUUUUAUACCUCAUUUUAGAAAAUCAACCAAAUCCAUAUUUCCUGUGGCAGAUUGACUUUUUCACUUCCUGUGUUUUCUCGUCUUUCUGUACCAACAUCUUAACACCACACACCACUUCAUCAUCAGUGUUUGAAAGGAAAUGAUUUAUGACCAUGUUUCUUCUUUUUUCCUAGGAUUGCAUUUAUAAUUUUCAGAUUGCCUUCCUGGGGAACAAUUUGUGUGUGUGUGUGUGUGUGUGUGUGUGUGUGUGUGUGUGUGUGUGUGAUCUGUCUAGAUCCUUUCUCCUAGGUCUUGUGGUGAAGAUACUGUUGUGCUGUUGUAAUCUUCUUAAUAGGCUACGCUGCUUGACAGCGACACAGAUCUUUGGGUAGGGAGACGGUCCCAAUCAGAACAUGUAGACCUAAGAUGCCAUUAGUAACCAGUAUGCUUUAGGGCUCUUGUGUCUUGACUGUGUACCAGGAAGUCAUUAGACUCAAGUCUGUGGCCUGUGGUGUUUCCUCUCGGUGGUCAUGAACAUGUCAAAGGGUUAAAAGUGUCCCGUGAUUCUUGUUUCACAGUACACGCGUGUGUGCGACGUCUUUAAUGUUGUAUUGCUGUACCACUAAUAAUUGUAAUAGUGUGUGUGUACAAUGAGGUCAACGUCUUGUGUUCUCAUCCGUUGUGAAUUAAAAAUGAUCAGUUGUUUUUGUAAUAACAAAACCAGUAAUAUUUUCCUGUCUUGACAACUUGUUUUUUUAGCAGAAAAUAUAUUAAACGCUAGAAACAAA